AUGUGUCAUGGCCUUAUGGAUCUAUCAGGCUGUGCUCCAGUGCAUUUUCCUCUGCGGUGUUCGGUGGAGUUGACAGUGGAAGAGCAAGGCAUUCUCUGGAUGAAGUUAAAGAACGCCAUUAAGCAGGACUUUCUUUUUACCUUUUUGCUGCGCAGCGACACCGCGGAGGCGGCUGAGCGAGUCAGUUUGGGCAUUUUGAGUGACCACCUGUACCCCGUCCUGGAUUCACGCUUUGUGGAAGGGCAGCGGCUAUUGAAGCUUCGCCACUGGGGGCAGGACUCGGAGAUUAAUUGGGGCGGCAAGUGGCGAGCACAGAGCCCAAAGUGGACCCCGGUGCUUCGCGAGCUGCUUCAGUUUGAUGAGGCGGAUACAGAGACGUUUUGGUUGGCUUUAGAUGAGGCGUUUUUCUACUUCACGGACCUCAUCAUGACGGCAGGGGCACCGCACACCUCGUGGGUGUCGGCGGAUUUCUCCGAUUGCCCCAAAAGCAGUGGCAGCCAGCUACUGGCAGGGGCUCAGUUUACGCUGCGGCUUGGAAAUUUCCCGCAGGAUAUGAAGCAGGUCCAGAUUACGUUGGGACUCCAUCAGCCGGACGCACGGGCCCGGGUCCUACGGAAAAAAGACGCUCUAGCCACGUACCGCACCGCUAUUGGCUUGGCCAUUGUGGCUACGGCGGACAACACCGUGUGGCAAAAGGAGAUAACUGACGCAGAUGUGAUAAAGUGUUUAGAGCCCUGUCGAUGCCGCGAUCUUAUGUGCCCUUUAACAGUUGACAUGGAAAAUGUCAAGGGAAAGGAACGAUUGACACUGAUUGCGUUUAGAGAAGAUUCAGUGGCUGUCAAUGUGCCCUUUCUGCUGUCGGCGUGGUCUGAUAAUUGCGAGGUGGCGUUGGCUCCGAUUGUGCGGGAUCUGAAGACGACAGUAAACGGGGAGUGGCCCGUGGAAUACCCUGUUGGGUCACCCGCAUCGUCGUUCUGGAGGGACUGUCCCCAGUACUUUAUCUUUCCAAGUGAAUCCACGGAUGUCUUGUUGGUUCUGCGUCAAGAAGUAGCGGUGGGAGAACCACCCAAACCUAUUGGCUUCACCGUUCACCGUGCGACGACAUGUCGCAGCUACCUGGAGUAUGACCCCGCAACAGUGAUGUUGGAGGUGCAGGCAGCACCAUAUACGUCUGUGGAAGGGACACUGCGGCUACUCGGAAUGAAGGAGCGUAGGGGAAUGCCGUACAUUAUUGUGCCCUUCUGCACGGAAGCCACACCUGGAGGAAAGUUUUGGAUGGAUGCCAUCGCUAAUCGUUCGUUGAGGUUUUGCCGCAUAGAGCCAAGACUCGACUGGCAUCGUGACAGGAAGUCCGCCACGUUUACCUUGACUGACGGUAGUUUUGGUGGGUCCCCGCGUUUCUCGUCAUGGCGCAGCAGUCCGCAGUUUGCUCUGACGUUUCCCGUUGGUGGUCAGGGACGACUCUUUCUUGUCCUACGCAAUGACGAUGUGGGCGAUAAACUGACCGAGGUCGGUAUGAUGCUUCUGCAUGGCGAUAAUCAGUGGGAAAACGGGCAGCGACGCAAGCUGGUCAUUUCUCCUGCUGACAUUGUGGCUUGUUCCGAUGAAAAAGUUGGUGUCACCGUGAUUGACUGCGAGAUUGACGUGCAGCCUGAGUGCACGCUCAUCCUAGCCGUGUACGCCUCCAUGCCGUAUCGCGAGGCUGCCGUGACGGUUGCGUUGUAUUCCGCCUCCGCCGUGGUUGUGGCGCCGGUGAAGGAGUGGGCGCAUGUUGCCGUGGCGGAGGGCAGCUGGGAGCUCGGCUACACGGCCGGUGGGGGCUCGGAGGAGUUUAGCGCCUGGAUUAACAACCCCUUUGUGGCGCUGAACACGUUCCGGCGGACGCAAAUUGUGGCACUGCUGCUGCAGUACCCGCGGGGGCCGGAGAAGCCAAUUGUGAAGCGGGCAGGGAAAAAGAAGGCUUUCUUGCCCCCCAUUAUCAUCAAUCCAAACAACCGAAUGAAGAUCGCCCUGGACCUGAGCAUGCAGGACACGGAACUCACACUCAUCGCCACCACGCCCUACACGCAAAACAGUGAGGUGACACUCGUGGCAAGUGUUCCUGUUGCAGAUCCUCUGCCCUUUCUCUUUAUUCCUCACACAAAACUGCCCGAAGGAAAUGGUGAGUUUAAACUCUUUGUGUAUGCGGACUCCCCUAUUGAGCUCUACCCGAUCACGAAGGAGCGGCUGCCGUACAUCUAA